ACGAGCACGUUCGAGACGCCGCAAGUCGCGUUCGCGUACGAGCGCGGGUGGAGGGACUCGUUCAAGCGCGCGGGGUUCCCGGGGCCGGACGAGGAGUACGACCUCGCCCGCGCGAAGCUGCUGCCGCACGCGGCGGACAAAGUCCUCGUCGACGCGUCGUGCGGCAGCGGGCUCUUCACGCGCAGGUUCGCGAAGAGCGGGGACUAUUCCGCAGUCGUCGCGCUCGACUAUUCGGCGGCGAUGCUGACGCAAGCGCGUCAGUUCGCGAUCGACGAGGGCCUCCUCGACGCGUCCGGCGCCGCGAAGGACGACAACACCGACAUAACGUUCGUGCGCGCGGACAUCGCGCGGAUGCCGUUCCCGGAGGGGUCCGUGGGCGGCGUCCACGCCGGCGCGGCGAUUCACUGCUGGCCGGACCCCCGAGCGGCGGCGGCGGAGAUCGCGCGCGCGCUGGAACGCGGCGGAAGCUUCUGCGGGACGACGUUUCUCACCCCGCGGGUCCCGUUCCUCGACGACGCGGGGCAGCAGCAGUUAGACGCGGCGAUGCGGGAGGUCCAAGACGCGAUCAGCGGGCGGGCGGGCGGCGCGCGGGGGUUCAGGAUGUGGAACCGCGCGGAUCUGAAGGACCUGUGCGAGGAGUGCGGGCUCGUCGACUUUGAGAGCGACGUCCGCGACGGGUUCAUCUUCUUCAGCGCGAAGAAGCCGUGA